UGAGCGAGGAAGCACAGCACAGGUUCACACUGAAACAAAGACUCAAACGGAAAAGAAAAAAAACUAGCCCAUAAUCAUGGUGUCCUAUGUGAAGAGUUUCUGGAGUAUUCAAAGCUUAACCUGAAGAACUAGGGGACAGGAUUAGGAGUUGGUGAACUGAGAAGACAUGGUAUUAAUAUAAUAAUAAUUCCAGGAGUUAGGUGUACUUGAGGAACACCACAGAUUACAAAUUAUUUGCACAUGUCCACAUACUCCAUAACGUUGCUAUUUAAAGGAAGUAUUUCUAGACUUUUUCUCUUUUUCUCCACUAUCAUUUUUCCUAAAUUCCUAUACAGAAGAACCCUAGAAAAUCAAGAUGGGAGACGCAGUGAGGAUUUUAUUCAGAAUGACAGUUUGGCCAAAUGAUUUCGAGGUUUGGACACGUUUAUCUGUAUGCAUUAUUUCAGAUUAUUAGGUGAGUAGAACUUCAGUUCUAUUUCUACUUAUGUCAUAAUGUACCAGUAUAACCUGGAACAUUAGUUUUGCAGCAGUUUCUUUACUUCCACAUCUCCCCUCCCCUAAAUGUACAAGGUUUGUUAGAAGUUUUAAACACUUUCUAAGUUUCUCUAGAAUUAAAGCGCUAAGCACAACGCCUUAUAGAGAAAGCAGCUAAUAAACAUUUGCUAAACGUUUGAAUGAAUGAAAGCGUACAUAGCAUCGCUGUGCGUCUUCCCAUACUAACAAGUUUCCUCACUUCCCCCCACGCCCCCGCCGAGUUUGCCACGACAAAUUUCCAACCACAGAACAUUUUAUUUAACUCUUUAUUUUAACACGGCGGUCAAUCACUGGGAAAAGAAGAUAAGACCAUGUAAAGUUUAUUUUUAUUAUUAAGCAACGAUGACAUGACAUGUGUGUCCAGCAUGCCCUAUUUUAAGAUUGAAAAAUAAAUUGUUUACACUAAUAGCAGGCUCCGGAAGGAGAAAGGAACCGCACCCCCCCCCCCCCAACCCCUGCAUAUUCCAGCCGGUCUUUUGAGAUGCCACACCCAAAGCGCCUGAACUCAAAGUAUCUCUCCUCGCGGCAAGGCAGAGGCAGCGCAGAGCGAAGCAGGUCGCAGUCUCCCAGGCGCACCUGGACGGCGUGGGCGACCGCACUUCCACGGCCAGCUGGGGAGUAUCCUCCACCAGGAACACCUGCUCAGAGGCGACUCGGGUGGUCACCCCGGGCCCGCGCAGGCCGGGGAGCGUGCGGCCGACACUUACCCGGAUACAAUUCUUCACCAGGACGAGAGAUGUGGAGCUGUCACGAUCCAGGCCAGCCCGCUUUCAGAUCUCUUCCAGAACAGCCACCAGGGCAACUGCGGCUACUGAGGCACAAGCUCAGCGGCGGGUGAUCAAAAGCCGCGGCUCCCACCAGGCACGCUAAGGCGGAGAGGAGGGUGAGCCCAAGCCCUGACAGCCAGGUGAGCAGAAGUAGCGCAACGAAGAUUCCGGAAGGCACGGGCUCGGCGCGCGCUCCCGCCAGGCUGGCUGAGCGGCCACAUCGCGCAUGCUCCUGGACCGCCUAGACGUCCAGCCCUGAGGAGGAAGAGCUCCGCAGGCUUGGGGUGCGUGGGAUGCAGACGUCGCGAGCGCUGCGGGGCGGUUGGUGACAGCUCAGAGUCCGUGGUGAACUGCGCGUCCUGACUUCGCCGCCCAGGCGUAGCAGAAGUGCACCGACCAUCCAGCCCUACUCUGUGGAAAGAGCCGGCGGAGUCCCCAGACUACCAGGGCCAGACCCGCAUGGGCCACUGAGACUUGGAGUCCCUAAGAGCUGGCCCAUCCAUUAGUCAUCACCUUUGGGAAUUGAUCAGGCUGAGAACCAUUCCAUCAUACAGCAUUAGAGAGCAGUGCUUGAUUUGUUUCAAAUCCAGAAAGUGGAAAUGAGAGAACCAUCAUGAAAAAGAUUUCAAAGAGAAAAGAAGACAUUUUUAGAAAAAUGUCAGAAGACACAGAUAACACUGCAGUAGAAGAAAAUGUAGAGAAGCAUCUCCAAAAAGAUUUGAAUGUAGAAGAAAAUCGAAGCAUUAUAAAAACUCUGAGAGGCAAAGUAAGAGAAAAGCUAAAAAAUGCCAAGAUUAAUCAAGGUGAAAAAUCAUCAACUCAACUGCUCAUUGAUAAUAAGAUAUAUCAGUGGUCUAAGGCUGAAGUUCCACUGGAUGAAGGUCUUUCAUUUUUCGUUCUGAGUGGUGAAGAAGACUCAGCUAUAGGCCAAUCUGCAGAGCAGAACUUUUCUGAGGGCCAAGAUGAAGAUUUUGUGGAAGAAGUCAUUUUCCCAGAUUUACUUGAAGUGAAGGCUGCUGAUUAUGAAGAUGACCAAGAACAAAUAAAAAAACAACAGGCAAACAUUUUUAUUCCAAGUAGUUCUCCAGUGAUCAACCAGCUUAAACUGCCAGAAGAUAUGAUGCCACGCAUUUUAGAAGAAGAAGGAUUGUAUAUUCAGAAAAAGCCAGAAAUAUAUAAAAAGACCUGCAACAAAAUGGAAAAUCGCCUGCUUAAACUAGAAGAGGGAAAGUGUUGGUUUGAAGAAAGUGGAGAAAUAAUGUCAUUACCUUCACCUAUUAGGCGGUCAUGGAAUUUCAGACUAAACGUAAGCAAGGAACCUUUAAAUCCAGCCCUGAAGACCAUGUAUAGAAAGGCAGUGAAAUCUGAUCUAGAAAGCUCUGUUAGGAACAAAAUGGAAGGUCAAAGGGAAAUGUACCAAUUAGAUCUCAAUAUAGUGGGUUUGCAAUUCAGUCAUCAUCCUCUCUUCAAUCAAGAACAAGUAUUAUGUGCUAGGCUGCUCCAACUUUAUGAGUGUUUUCAGGACAGGCAGCAACAGAAUUUACCACAGCUGCUUUAUGAGAAGCUUAAAGCACUGACGGAUGCUACCAAAUUAGCAAAUGAAAAUUCGGAAUUAAGCCAGCUGACCAGAAAAUCUUUGCAGGAUUAUUAUUGGCAGAUAAGUAAUACAAAACAACUCUAUGAAUUAGAAAAGGAAAAGGACUUUUCCCUACUACACAGUAUAUUACAGACUUGGAAACAGAUAAAAUCCCUUCGACAACGACAAGGGUUUACAAGCACUUCAGUAAAGUUACAGUUUCAGAGGUUGAAAAUGAAUAAAUGUGAUGAACAAAAACAAGAAUUGUCAAAAAUGUGGGGGACUGAGAAGAAAACUGAAGGAAGAGCAUUUAAGAACAGGAAGAAACAGGAGAGCUUCUCAUAUUUAGCUUCAGAAUUUGAAGGAACAGAUAUUGAAAUAGUAAAUCCAAUUACCAUGAUACCACAACUUUCUUUCACAGCAGAAUUAACAAACUUAUCUAGAUGUUCACUGUAUGAACAAAAGAGGAGAGCCAAAAUUCAAAAGCUUAAAUAUUUUAUUAAAAUCUUAUACAACGAUAAACAGGUUUCUUGCACUUCAGUUUCUCCUCUACAGUUUGAUUUUAAAGUCAUGUUUCAGCAAAUUUUCAAUAUUCAGUUAAUAUAUUGGCCUGAAACAAUUUGCUUGGAGGUUUAUGAAAUAAGUAAAAGGACAUGCUUAUUGGCAAAACUAUAUUUACCAUUACCUAACAGCACAGAAUUGAAAAGUAAAACUAUUUUGGAAUAUCUAGAAUUUAGCUCUGAUAAACUGGUCAUACCUGCAUAUGGAGAAGUAGGAAGCAAUGUGCCCUUUCUUCUUGAGGAAAGUGGAACUGAAGAACUUUGUCUUUUGACGUCAGGAAAACUAAGCUAUUCUUUAUCAUGGGCCUUAGAUGAAAAUGGUGUUCCUCUGACACCUGUGUCACAGUCAUUACAAUCUGCUUUCUGCAGUGUGUUAAGGAAUGUAGAUGCAAGAGGUGUUCCUGAAAUUCCAUGGCUUAUUAAUGCACAGAAGCUUUUUGAAUGGGCCAAUGAGGUCAGAAUUGACCCAAAUAACCCAGAAUGUUCUGACUUAAUGGAAUUUAUUAUGUACAUAAAACAUAAAGGACAGGAUAUUCCAAAGUAUUUUCGUCUUGAACAGUUGCAAGAUGAAUUUAACUUUGUUUCUGAAGAGGAAAUGAAAAAGAGUAAACGUUUCCAGCUAUUGCAACUUAGAAAUGCUGGUCAAUUAGAUGUUUUCCUUCUGCAGCAAAUGCCCCUUUAUGACAGAGAGAUUCCAGAUUUAGUCUUCCAGGAAUAUGAAAGUCAGAUAGGAAAGGAUAUGUCCAUUUCAGAUGUGAAUUCUAUUACUGCACAAAGGAUUAAUUCUGCCAAUUUUCUGCAAAAGAUGAGAAGGUUGGUAAUGAGAAGAAUUGUCAAAGUUAGCAAAUUUAACUUAUCAGAUAUUGUGGCUGAUUAUGAAGAAAUUGUAUCUGCAAGCCAGUUGACAUAUGCAGUUUGUAAGCUUCUUGAACAACGAAGAAAGUUAAAGCCUCAGAGGAAAGAAAGGAAAAAAGUGGCAGCACAGACUGUCUGUGAUAGAGAUAUUAAGAUUCUUAUCAGAAUACUGAGAGCUUAUAAUAUUCCUUCAAGGAAAACAACAGUUAAUAGGUCCUUGGGUAUGCCUACUUAUUUAAUAUCAUCCAUGUCUCACCUCAGACAUAAAGAAACAAUCAAAUCAUUAGCCUCAGAUGAAAUCUUAAAUAAGGAUACUGUACACCCCUUUGUGGAAGUUUCCUUUCAGCACACUGUAUACCAAACCAGCAUUGCCAGUGGAUCUCAUCCAUGCUGGAAUGAAGAAAUUAAAGUAGAUUUUAUCUUACCAGGACAUGAUUGUAACUUCUCAAGUUUAUCUAAAAUAAAAGAUAAUAUAUAUAUCAACAUUUUUGAUGAAAUGAUUAUUGAAAAGCAUGAGGAUCACUCUUUCAGGAGCUGCAGUGGUCAUUCAUAUGUAAGAAAGAAUUGGCUUGGAUCCAUUGUCUUCCCUUUCUCUGCUCUCCUACAACAAUCUGAGAUUAGUGGGACAUUUCAAGUAAAUAUUCCACCUGUUUUGCUUGGGUAUACUUGGAGUAAGACUUAUGUGUCUCCUAAAGAAGAUUAUAAUGGACAGAAUUUAAAAGAAUGUACCUUCUUAAAUAUUUUUGCUACUAUUGAACCUCAAAUAUCAUAUGCCACCUGUAGUCCAGAACUAGACAAGUUUUCAGAUCAAAUAGAUGUUUUGGAGAGAGCAUGGAUUUUUACAAAGAAUUGUAAGGCAUUAUUUCCUAAACGAAGAAUCAUCACUACUGUUUUUAAUGAUGAAGGGAUACAGAUCUUAGUAAUAAGAUACAUCAAGGCAUUGAAUCCACCUCAACAACUCCUGGAUAUGUUUCUUCAUUAUUCUAAUGCGACACUUGACCUUGUUGCUCACUUUGUAUCUUUGAUUCCUGUUAUGCCUGAUGCACUGGAUGAAAAUGAUGGUUUUAAUAUAUGGAUGACAUCAGAGCGCUGCAUCAGUUUGGCUAUUGGAAAUAAGGAGGAGCAUGCCAUACUUCUCUGUAAUUUCUUCCUGUAUUUUGGAAAGAAAGCUUUGGUCCUUCUAGGAACCUCAGUGUUGGAAGGGCACGUGGCGUAUGUAUUAACUCAGGAAACUGAUGAAUAUUUGCUUUGGAAUCCAUUAACUGGACAGUGUCAUAAGCAGUUUGACCCAUUUUGUCCAUUACAAGGUGUAGAUUGUUUGUUUGAUGGUGAAAACGUUUGGUUUAAUCUGCAGCAGAAUAAUUCACCAAUGGCUGUGUAUUUUGACUGUUCAAAGGAAAGUUUCUGGAAACAGUUGCUUCCAAAAAAUUAUCAAGGAACAAACACACGAAGCAUUCAGCCUGAAGAAAUAAUUUAUUCUGAUACUAAUAAGAGCAUGGUAGAAGAUCUAAAGAACAGGAUUGAAAGAACUCUGAAGUGUAAAAUAAUGGAAUGGCGGCCUAAACAGCCAACACGUUGGAAUAGACAGUGUACUUUCAUUUUACGACAGAUUCUUCCUAAGUUAGAACUUGGUACUGCAAGCUUUGUUUCGUCUGAAGAAGAGAGUGAAUUUGAAAGACUACUACAAUUUUAUUGGGUCACAGGAUUUCCUAUCCAGAUGCCAUACACUGAUGUCCAGUCAGUUAUUGAUGCUGUGUAUCAAACUGGAAUUCAUUGUUCUGAAUUUCCACAGACAGAAUUUGCUCUAGCUGUGUACAUUCACCCCUACCCAAACAACAUAUUAUCUGUGUGGGUCUAUUUGGCUUCAUUAGCUCGACAUCAGUGAAAAGGAAAAAGAUAGAAGGAGAAGAUGGUACAUGGGCCCCCAACCAAAAGACAGACUUUUCUGGUACUUGGGAUUUUUCUGUUUAUCCUCAAGUCCAGACAAGCGUGAGCCCAAUUUUUGGCUCACUUAUAGAGUAAGGCACAAGACUCACUGCCUGAGUUUCUGGGGACAAGUAUAAAUGACCUCCUCAUCAGAGGCCUCAUCAAGGAGGACCCUUCGGAAAGUCUGGCGCCUGGGAUCACUGUCUACAGUAGGUUUUAUUCUAGGAAAGAAGCAAUUCUGGCCUCUCUCCACAGCCAGUGUUGCUCUAAUUGGGGGCCCCCAUCACCUCCAUCAAAAUCACUUGGAAAGCCCUAUUGAAAAUACAGGUUCCCACAUCCCAUCCAGGACCUACUGAAUCAGGAUCUCUGAGAGUACAGCUCCAGAACCUACAUUAUUUAAAAAAAGCUUCCCAGGCAAUUCUCUUAACCAGUUAAGAAUGAGAACCCUGCCUUACAGAAUGCUGUCAUUACUAAAAUGAGGCUGAUAACUUUGAUGAUGGUUCUGAUGGAAUUCCAGGCAGGAGUUAUUCAAAUAGAAACCCAUGAGAUAAAAGAUUAUUUCGCUGAAGAAUAAGAAGGAAAUAUGCCAUUUUGGGUUAAGGACAGCUUCUGUGGGCUUCUUAAAAGUUUUCUCUUUAGAUACUACUGACCUAAAGUCAUUUCACCUCCAAGUAUUUAGAAGGGACUCUCAGGAAACACUACUUAAAUUUUUUCCUAAUUCUGUGAGAAAGGGAGAUAAACGUCUUGCCUGAAUCUCAGAGGCCUCUUUAUCUAAAUGAGCAGCUCCCCAUUCUGCCUCUGGCACUUUCUGCUGCUUUUCUUUCACAGUGGUGCCCCAAGGAGACCCAUCCAGGGCCUCAAGAAAGAGUGGGUAGGGAUCUAAGUAGAAAAUACUGUACUUUAUUAUAUUUGAUUGUUCUGUACUUCAUUGAGCAAAGUGUUCAAAUAGUUUAUUUAAAUGUUACGUAACAACUUAUUUUUUAAUCAAAGGAUAGAUUUCCAAAGGUUUAUGAGAGCAAUUUUAUAUGAGGUUAAAGUAAGAAAAAGAAGAUUCACUUCUCCCACUGUAGUAGCACUGGGGUUCCUUGAAUCACUCCCAGAGAAGCAGAGAGCAAAAACCCCAAAAUCAUCCUCAGGGAACCCUCAGCCUAAAUCCCCUCUCCCAAUAUACCUGCAGAGGCCAGAGAAGACCUCAUUUAUUUGCAGGAUGUUAGUCUCAGACGAAACUCAAGAUUACUAGAAAGAAAGGGUAUGUAAAGAGAAUGUUUUUUAUGCAAGGUUAAAACUUUGUUAUAUAUGUCUUCUGGCAUGCAUCAGAAAAAUGAUCAGAAUUGUUUUUAUUUGAAUGUUUUUGUUUAAACAUUCAUUAUUAACAUUCAUUAAACAUAUAAACAUUCAUUAUUUGAAUGUUGUGUUUAAAUGCUGUAGGAGGCUUUGUUAUUAACAAGUUUCCCACAUCAAUUGGGGUAGCACAAAAUGAUAUCUGUGGAAAGACAAGUUUGCCAAAUAAAGGCUGAACUCAUACAGUUCAUUUCUGUGCCAUACUGAAUGUUUACCUAGCUAUUUUGUUCAUUUUGUUUGUAGCUUUAGAAUUGAUAGACCACUUAAGAGUAAGGUGGAAAAUGUUCAUAGGCAAGUGUGCAUUAUAUUCUGUAUCAUAUUCAUUUUUAAAUAUGUGUAUUUCUCAUCUAAAAAUUUUUCCUAAAAAUUGUGUGAUUGUAAUGAACCAUGUUUUUUCAUUUGACUGUUUUAAAAGUACAUGAUAUUAGAUGUAGUGUAUAAUUUUAAAAUUUUUUGUUGUUCAGUCACUGUUGUGUCUGACUCUUUGCAACAUCAUCCACAAAUAAUUACAAAGCAUCCAGUAUGUACCAGACACUUCAGUAUGUGCUAGAGGACAGUGUGAAGACAUUCUUACAAGGAAAACAGAUCAUAAGCAAAUAAACAGUAAGUAGGUGAAAUAAUUCCAGGGUAU